UAACUUGCAGUACAUAGCUUCAGCUCUCACAGUCACAACAGGGGACAAUUAACAGACAUGUGCAACUCCACUAAAACAGAGAUGGAACGAGAAAGAGGAAGGACUCUGAGUAUUCUGUUCCUGUUGACACUCUGUCUACAAGCCUUCACUGGUCAAUGCCAAGAUUCAGGGCAGCCCUCUGACCUGAGGAUAGUUCUGAUAGGGAAGACUGGAUCAGGGAAGAGUGCAACAGGAAACACCAUCCUGGGGAGAAAGGUGUUUAGAGAAGACCUCUCCCCUGAGUCUGUCACUGUUCACUGUGAGAAACAGAGUGGGGAGGUGGAUGGGAGGAAGAUUGAUGUCAUCGACACCCCGGGGCUCUAUGACACAACAAUGUCUAAAGAAGAGAUGAAAAGUGAGAUAGAAAAGGCCAUCUACAUGUCAGUCCCAGGACCCCACGCCUUCCUGCUGGUGAUCAGACUGGGGAGGUUCACAGAGGAGGAGAGGGACACUGUGAAGUGGAUCCAGGAGAACUUUGGAGAAGAAGCAUCAAAGUACACCAUCAUUCUGUUCACUGAAGGAGACCAGCUGGAGGACAUAUCAAUGGUGGACUUUCUAAGUGAGAGUGAGGAGCUUAUGAAACUCGUCAAUGUCUUUAAGGGCAGAAAUCAUGUCUUCAAUAAUAAAAAUAAGAAUGACAACACUCAGGUCACAGAGCUGCUGAAGAAGAUAGAUGAGAUGGUGAAGAAUGGAGGACAACACUACACCAAUGAGAUGUACCAGGAGGCCCAGAGGAAGAUCGAAGAGGAGGAGGAGAGGAAGAAACAGGAAGAGGAGAAGAGAGAACAGCAAGAGAAAGAGAAACUGGAGGCGGAGAUCAGGAAACGGGAAGACAAGGUGAGAGAGGAGGAGAGGAAGAAACAGGAGGAGAUCAGGAAACAGGUAGACAAGGCGAGAGAGGAGGAAAGGAAGAAGGAAAAGGAGAGACAAGAGGAGAUGAGGAAGAAGAAGUCAAAUGACCUAUGGGGAAAGGUUUUGGGAUUGUUAGUAACUGUUGCCACAGCGGUGGUAGCAGGACCAGCAGCAAUUCCAGUUGGAGUUGCUGUACUUGCAAAAGAGGUAGCUGAAGAUGCAGUUGAACAUUUUCAAGAUUCUCAUCUUAAUGUCAAGUAGUAGCAGUAGAUGAAUCCUUUACAAUGACAACCAUCAGGGAUUGUUCAACACUUUCUAAUAUGAUCAGUUAUUUAACAUGUUUAUUAUUCAGAGGCUCAGGGAUAUAACAUCAGAAAAAAUGUGUACUCCCUCUAUCCUCACUCCCUGGUCUGUGUCCUUCCUCCCUGGUCUGUGUCCUUCCUCCCUGGUCUGUGUUCUCCCUCUAUCCUCCCUCCCUGGUCUGUGUCCUUCCUC